GGUGCUUUCCGCUGCGGCACGCACUUGACAUGUCCGUUCCCAGGUUCGGCAGGCCAGUCACGCUCGGUCUCCGGCAGCAUGGACCAAAGGGAGAUUCUGCAGCAGAACCUGGAAAGGGCCCAAGGCAAGAAGCUCAACCGGGAAGAGUUUGUAGACGAGUUUUUGGCACACGACCCUGAGGGCUCUCCCGUGUCAGCCCGAUUCUCUGGGCCCCCGGCAGUGAUGUCCAGAAGAGGGGCUGUGAAGAAGCUGAAAAGGCAGUCAACAAAAUACAGAUUGGAUAAAAUCUAUCCUACAGCAGCAUCUGAGCAACCAGAGAACAUAAAGAAGAACAGAUACAAGGACAUCUUACCCUUUGACCACAGCAGAGUGGAGUUGUCCCUGAUCACAUCAGAUGCAGAUUCUCAUUACAUCAAUGCCAACUUCAUCAAGGGCGUCUAUGGGCCAAGAGCAUACAUUGCAACCCAGGGUCCUCUCCCCACUACUGUCAUUGACUUUUGGAGGAUGAUUUGGGAGUAUGAAGUCCUGAUUGUGGUCAUGGCUUGUAUGGAGUUUGAAAUGGGAAAGAAGAAAUGCGAGCGGUACUGGGCAGAGGCGGAUGGCUCUCCCCUGCAGUGUGGUCCUUUCUCCAUCGCCUGUGAAGCUGAAGAGAAGAAGAAUGAGUAUGUGAUUAGAACUUUAAAGGUGACCCUGAAUGAGGGAACCCGCACCGUCCACCAGUUCCACUACAAAAACUGGCCGGACCACGACGUCCCCUCGUCCAUCGACCCCAUCCUGGAGCUCAUCGGCGAGAUUCGCUGCUACCAGCCAGACGACAGCAUCCCCGUCUGCAUCCACUGCAGUGCUGGCUGCGGGAGAACAGGAGUCAUCUGCGCCAUCGACUACACCCAGAAGCUGCUGAAGGACGGAAUUGUUCCAGUGAACUUCAGUAUCUUCAGUCUGAUCCAGGAAAUGCGCACUCAGAGGCCUUCCAUCGUGCAGACCAAGGAGCAGUAUGAGCUCGUUUAUGACGCGGUGAUUGAGCUCUUCAAAAGGCAGAUUAAAGCACUCGAUGCUCAGGAAGAUUCUGCUGCUUCACAGGUACAAACAAGACAUCCUGUAGCUAAACCACUUCUGACUCCAGUGGAAGAUAUUUAUUCUCUGAGAUUACUAACGUGCUCAGAGCAAGCGGAACAGGAUGUGCAUCGGUGUCUUCCUCCGGUGGUACAAAGCAAACCGUCCCUGACAUCGUUGUCUGCCACGGGAGCACACGACAGCUCUGGACGCGGAGUCCCUCCCAUCAGACAGGCCAUCUCCUUUGGCACUUUGAGCUUCAUCAGCUGCAGGAAGGCAGCUGCUGCUGAGAAGUGGGAUGCUGGGGACGCCCUUCAGAAACACCGCAGUUUGGAGUUCAACAGCAUCUCUCCUGAGCAGCUGCUUCUGCACCAGGACGCGAGGGGAGCAGGCAGGAGAGGGGCUCGUGGCAGAGCACCGCUGGCACGGACUGCAUCGACCCCUUUUGUGCUGGUGCAGCAGGAAGAAGGCUGGGAAUGGGGUGGAGGGGAUGCAAAGCCUGUUUUGAGUUCACAGUUGCCAAGUGCCUGUUACUCAAGCUUUCAGGUGAAGGAGCAGGAGGGAUUUCCCCCUGUUGAGCUGAACCACUUGAGCCAGGAAGCGGACAGCCCCCCAAGCCGCAGGAGCCGUGGGCAAUGUCCUUACCCUUACUUCUGCUCAGCAGAAGACCCCUACUUCUCUUCACUCUCCCCAGAUGACCCUGUGUCCCCGGUGUUUGCCGAGUGCUUUGCGGAGGGGCAGGAUGCGCUUCUCCCUUCCUGCGCUGCCAGUGCCCCCCGGCAGCCCGCCGCGGCCGGCUCCCCACCACCCAGGCCUGUGUCCCACCACGCUCCCCUGCUGAACGACGAGAGGAUCUCCUCCCCGAGUAACCUGCCCAGGACUCCCCAGUUAGCCACCCUGCCACAGCCAGAUGAUGACGAGCCUCCGCCCCUGCCCGAGAGAACCCCCGAGUCCUUUAUCGUGGCCAGUGAAUCUGGACAAUUUCCUCUGGCCACUUCUGAUUUUCAGCCUCCAGCCAGAAAUACAAAGAUCGGAAUCUCUUUGGAGUGGAGUGGUGAGUCUCACUCAGAGGUGUUUAAUGACUUAGUGAGACUGAGACCAAGUAAGAGUGUGAAGCUUCGGAGCCCACAAACAGAGACAACUCGGGAUCGCUCUAGCUCUCCUCCCCCGCUUCCUGAAAGAACCCCGGAGUCAUUUGUUCUUGCUGAUGCAGCAAGUCUGCAGCCUGCUGCAGGAAAUUCUACGAGUCCUCUGGGCGUGGACAACAAUGCUUCUGAAACAUCGUCAAAAGAGCCUACGAAAUGCUUCAGGAGAAGCAAGAGCUUGAAAAUAUUGAAAAAUGUGAGAAAGAGCAUCUGUAGUCCAUCUUCACUGACGAAACCAUCAGAAUCUCCCCCUUCAAACCAUUUGAGGUCUUUCCUUAACUUUGGCUUUACAAAUCGAUUUUCAAAACCUAAAGGACCGAGAAAUCCACCACCAGCAUGGAAUAUUUAGAUAUGUUUUACAGAUCUGGUGUUACAGAUUUGUGAAGUCCUUCCGAUACGCCUUGAAUGCUCAUCCCAGUAAGGUUUCCAUCAAAAUAAAUACAUCAGAAGUGCUGCAUGGUAUUUGCAACUCAGGCACUACUUGCACAUUCUUCAACUAAAGUUUUAAAGUAAAGAAGAAGAAAAUAAAAUCACCAGCAGCUAAGCACUUUCAGUUAAUUUACAGCAGGAUGGAAACUAAAACUGGGAAUAGAUAUUUUAUCUGAAGAAGGGAUACAUUUUAGCUGUGUUUUGGAACAUUCACUAAAAAAAGAUGGAUUUGAGCUUUCUGAAACAAAGCUGUGGAACCUGGUGAUAGGAUCCAGCAAGGACUACUGGAUGAUAUGGAAGGCCAGCGGAGCAGACAGAAGCAGAGCAGGACUCUGGAUCGUGCAGACACGGCAUCUGCACAACCUCACUUGCAUGUGUAGGUCUACCAUAAGUAUAGACCUGCACUUUCUUAAAUGUUUACAUUACUUGGACUGAAAGAGAACUAUCAUCUCAUAUUUUAGAAAUAAUUCUUUAAGUUUUCAUCUGAGCAAAUCAGGUAAUUUGUCUACAUUUUUGGUCAGGAAGACUAAGGUACUGAUUUAUCAUAUAGAAACUAAGCUAGUGUCACAGACUGCGUAAGGAGCUGACCCAACUGCCCUAUCUGGAAAACAAAACCAAAAACAAACCACCACCACAGCGAGAUACUGUAUUUUGAAACUAGUUCUGGUUUUUAUGUACAUGUGACUCUCCAGCACAAAAUUUCAUGUGGAUUAUCUCCAAAGAAGAGAUUUUAGAGAUUCCUCUCUGGAUUCCACUGCUAUUUAUAUCCUGUGGGGGUUGAGAACUGCUUGAUAUGAUUACUUUCCUCUGGAGAGAGAAAAACAAAGCAGAAUUUGGUCGAGAGAGAAAUCUACUGACCACUACUAGAAUACUCGAGCUGGUUUGAAGCCAGUUUUUGCUGCUAACAGAGCAGCAGCCUGCCUUGUCUUUCACCAAAGUCACUUGCUAUCUCAACAGCAGGAACCAAUAAAAACACGUUACCUAAUUU